GAAACCCUAACAAUUAAGAAAUAAUCGAAUCCCAUAUCCGUCUCUCUCUCUCCCCCCCAUCUCAGGCCUUCGGCCCUUCUCUCCCACCGGAAGGAAGUCCGUCGGCUGCUCUGUCUCUACGUUUCCUACCACCAUCGGAACUCAAAGUUUCCCAAUCAACUUCGCCGGCGGAGGAAGAAGAUCGACGAUCGUUCUGGUGUUUCGUCCAAUUUCGAUCGAUCCGAUUGAAACCUACUUUUUGCUUCUUGGUGGCUCCGUUACCUUCCUCUCUGACGCCGCUGCCGUCUCCGCUCUUGUUGAUCGAAGUUCGGCUUUCUCCCUCCCUCUCUCUAUCAGCUCAACUGUCUCCCUUCCUGUAUCCGGACUCGUUGACUUGGGAGUUGUAGCUCCUCAGCUGCCGCCGCGACGCAUUUCCUCUUAAAGUUGUAUGCCAGUGCUCCAUUCAAAGGAAUCUCCCGCUCUUAACUCCAUCCCCACCGUCGGCGUUGUGUGCCUAAGAUCACACCGCCUCCAGUCUCGUUCCCUACGCUUCCAGUCUCCCGAGCAGCUCCAGUGUGUCUUGACAUUUUCAGCUGAGGAGGUUGGAGUCCAUCUAGAUACAAGACAUUAAGGAGAAUAGAAGGUGGACGUGUUGUACUUGCAUGGUUAGGAAAUGGAACCGGCUGUUUUGGAUGAUAUUAUUCGGCGGCUUUUAGAGGUUCGAGGUAGACCUGGGAAGCAGGUCCAGUUAUCUGAGGCAGAAAUCAGACAACUCUGUGGGGCUUCUCGUGAGAUCUUCUUGCAACAACCCAAUUUGUUAGAGCUUGAAGCACCCAUCAAGAUUUGUGUUUCCUCUAUCUAUUCUAUCACUUACAAUAUUGAACAACUAUUUGAAAGACUCUUCGACCUGGCUGAUAGACAUGGUUUGUGGUCUGCAGGUGAUAUCCAUGGCCAAUAUUCUGAUCUUCUAAGGCUGUUUGAAUAUGGCGGAUUACCUCCACAUGCAAACUACUUAUUUUUGGGAGACUAUGUUGAUCGAGGCAAGCAGAGUCUGGAGACAAUAUGCCUUCUGCUUGCAUACAAGAUAAAGUACCCAGAGAACUUCUUUCUCUUGAGGGGAAACCAUGAAUGUGCUUCUAUUAACCGUAUAUAUGGUUUCUUCGACGAGUGCAAAAGGAGGUUUAAUAUUAGACUGUGGAAGACAUUCACAGAUUGCUUUAACUGUCUACCGGUGGCUGCUCUAAUUGAUGAGAAAAUUCUCUGCAUGCAUGGCGGUCUUUCCCCAGAUUUGCAUAAUUUGGAUCAAAUUAGAAACUUAGCUCGCCCAACUGAUGUACCAGACACAGGUUUGCUCUGUGAUCUGCUGUGGUCUGACCCUAGCAAAGAGGUUCAGGGUUGGGGAAUGAAUGACAGGGGUGUUUCAUUUACUUUUGGUCCUGAUAAAGUGGCAGAGUUCCUUCAGAAGCAUGAUUUGGAUCUAAUUUGUCGCGCUCAUCAGGUUGUGGAAGAUGGAUACGAGUUUUUUGCCAACAGACAGCUUCUAACCAUAUUUUCUGCGCCUAAUUACUGUGGAGAGUUUGAUAAUGCUGGUGCAAUGAUGAGUGUGGAUGAGACACUUAUGUGCUCGUUUCAAAUAUUAAAACCAGCAGACAAAAAGUCAAAGUUUAACUUUGGGAAUGCAACUCCUGCAAAGCCUGGAAAUGCUUCAGGAGGAGUUAAUGUUUUUGGAAGCACAACAACGGCUAAGCCUGGUAAUACACCAGCCGGCGUGAAGGUAAAUGCUCAACCUGCAGAUACUUGAACUGAUAUUCUUUCUAUUCUAGAAGUUUGUACAUACAAGACUUGAUGCUGGCGUAUGUUGCUAUUUGUGGUUACUGGUAAAUACAAUGCUAUACUUAUAAGCUAUGCCCUAGAGAGUCUAGGUUUAUAUGCCGAGUGUGUGCUUGUUUGGGAGCCCGUAGGCAUGUUGGUUGAGGCAUGCGGCAUUUCGGGAGUGUAGGGGGUUGGGUGGUGUUUCUUGAAUGAUUAGGUUUCAUUUGCAUAGAGACAGAUUUCAAAUUGUUGUAUUGCUGGAAUGAUGAAUUCAGAGGAUAGGGCUUUCAUUUGCAUAGAGACAGAUUUCAAAUUGUUGUAUUGCUGGAAUGAUGAAAUCAAGAAAUCUAUAGUGGUCUAACAAUUGUGAUUUUACGCUGACAAAUGAAUGAUUCAUCGUCCGAUGGGUUUCAGUCAAUAUUCAUUGUCCAAAAUCCAGCACCGACAUGAAUGAUUCAUUUCAAAUCCACCCUGAUAAAUAUUUUUUUUAUCAAAAUGCAU